ACACAGGUGAGCUCUGAAUGUGUUCUCACACAAGCUUGGACAACUUCACUGAGGCAACACAGAAACAAACGAAUGAAUGAGGACUCUCUGACCUCAGGAUACCACGUAGCUACACUUAGAGACUUUUGACAUUUCUCAAGGUUUCUCUUUAUCCCACAGUGAUUGUGUUGACAGAGCUUGACCUUGCAGACAGUGUUCUUUAGAGGAUUGUUAAGCGUUGUACAGUUUAAAAUGGAACUACAGAAAACAUCAAACGGUCACCAUGAUCUCAGCCCUGACAGAAUUCCUGAGAAUGGCAGUCCAGUAACCAGAUUCGAUGCCCUUGAAAACAUAACAGAGGGUGAUACCUUCCUCCCCAAUAAGAGCAAUGGAAAGAUAGAGACUCAGUUUACAGAUUUUGUGGGAAAGACUUCUUUCGGAAUGUCUAUUUUCAACCUCAGUAACGCCAUUUUGGGCAGUGGAAUUCUGGGACUGGCUUACGCCAUGGCCAACACCGGAAUCAUCCUUUUUGUACUCCUGUUGACAAGCAUGGCCAUCCUCUCUGCCUACUCCAUACACCUGCUUCUGAAGAGUGCAGGAGUGGUUGGGAUCCGUGCAUAUGAACAGCUCGGGAACCGUGCAUUUGGUCGACCUGGGAAAAUAUUAGCAGCAAGCAUUAUAACACUGAAUAACAUUGGAGCAAUGUCCAGUUACCUGUUCAUUGUGAAAAUAGAGUUACCUCAUAUUAUUCAGGGUCUUCUGCCAGAUAACUCAGAUUACUGGUUUGUUGAUGGGAGGUAUCUCAUCAUUAUCAUUAGUGUCUUGGUCAUUCUUCCCUUGGCAUUGAUGAAACGACUUGGGUAUCUGGGCUACACCAGUGGUUUCUCUCUCAGCUGCAUGGUCUUCUUCCUCAUAUCUGUCAUCUACAAGAAGUUUGUCACAGAGUGUCCUGAGGAACACAGCUAUAACAAAACUGUGCCCACUGAAAGCAUAUACAACUCCACUGAUGGCAUGUGUGAAGCCAAACUUAUAACUAUCAACCCACAGACUGCUUUUACCAUUCCCAUUAUUGCGUUUGCUUUUGUGUGUCACCCUGAAGUGUUGCCCAUUUACACAGAACUCAAAAAUCCAAGCAAGAAACGCAUGCAAAAGGUUGCUAAUAUCUCCAUUUUGACCAUGUUUGUCAUGUACCUGGUGACUGCCAUCUUUGGCUACCUUACCUUCUAUGGAAAUGUGAAGUCAGAGCUUCUGGAGAUGUACAGUAAAAAAGACACCCUGAUGCUGUGUGUUCGGCUGGCUGUGCUGAUAGCAGUGACACUGACCGUUCCCGUGGUCCUUUUCCCGAUUCGUCGUGCCGUCUUGCAGCUUCUUUUCCCUGAUAAGCCUUUCCACUGGGUGCGUCACAUCUCCAUCGCUGUAUGCCUCCUCUUCUUAGUCAACCUGCUCGUCAUCUUUGUGCCCAACAUUCGUGACAUCUUCGGCUUCAUUGGUGCCACAUCUGCUCCCAGCCUCAUUUUCAUUCUUCCGGGAAUAUUCUACAUUUGCAUCGUCCCUGAAGAACAGGAGCCGUUGAAAUCUCGACCAAAGAUCCAGGCGAUUGCAUUUGUGACACUGGGUUUCAUCUUCAUGAUUAUGAGCAUUACGUUCAUCAUAAUAGAGUGGGUCACCGGAAAGAAGACGUCGGGUGGCCACUGAGAGAGCACAACUGGAUUCCAACACUUAAAGACCAAAUCUAAUACAGAACACAAAACUCUUGAACCUGCAACCUCUGCACCAGGUUCAGUUUCAUUUAGUUUGAUAGAUAUCAAACAAGUUAACUCCUCAACUUCAGUAUGUCCAAAAUGAAAAAUGGCUAGUUACCUAAAUUCAAGAAGAAUGCAAAGAAGAGUGGUAACAUAUGAUCUUAAUAAUAAUUAAAGCUAUGAUGCUCUAAGAACAUAUUGAAACUAUUUAUGGAAUUUUUAAUGAAAGCCAAUUUUACACACAAAGGUAUUGCUGUUAUGACUGGCAAAUGGAACUUCCUAAACUACACAAUACUGAUGGAAAACUGUGAAACUGAGAUGAGAAUUCACUCAUCUAUAUUGCCAAAGUUGUAAACAUGCAGUUUGAAGUCUACCUCCUUCUACACAGGGCAAUUUUACAGUUACAGAGUCUGUUUUCUACAGCUCAUAGUGCACAUUUUGGGGUCCAAAAAUCUUUUAUUACUGAAAAUUGUAGUUUAAUACACAAUUUUCAUUCUAAAAACAAUAUUAUCAACAUAACAACAAGUGGAAUGUUACAAUCUGAUGGUCCUAAACAACUUAAUUUAAUCAUAAUCUUCAAAUAUAUUUAUUUUUUGUUUUGAUUUUUAUCCUAAAACUAAUCCUUUAACAUUUUAUUUCCAGAGUUAAUUUUGAUUCCCACAUAUUCAAUUUGGUCUCAAACCUCUGGACCCCACUGCAUGUGAAUUUCAGUUAAUUUCAUAAUUUCAUUUCAGACGCUUUGACUUACAGUGCAUUCAGGUUAUAUAUAUAUUUUUUACCAGUA